AUAGUCUUAGCCUAUUCAUUCCACUUUCUGUUUUUCCUCCUCUUUUUUUCUUAUUCCAUUUGAUUCUCCGACUCAUAGAAAGAGUUCUCAAUUAUAAUGGAAAGAAGAAACUAACGAGAAACGACCAAAGCUUUAGCAAACAGUACCUUGUCUUCUGUUUCAAAAACAGGCGAUAAUGUCUUGUAAUAAUGGAAUGUCUUUUUUCCCUUCAAGUUUCAUAAUCCAAAACUCUUACGAAGACGAUCAUCCUCAUCAGACUCCAUCUCUUGCACCCCUCCUUCCUUCUUGCUCCAUGCCUCAAGAUCUCAAUGGAUUUGCUUCGUUUAUAGGUAAGCAAAUAUUAGAAGAGGAUUAUUCAGAUGAUGGGUCUCAGAUGGGAGAGAAGAAGAGGAGAUUGAACAUGGAGCAAGUGAAGACAUUGGAGAAGACUUUCGAGCUUGGAAACAAACUUGAACCAGAGAGGAAAAUGCAGUUGGCUCGUGCCUUAGGUUUACAGCCAAGACAGAUCGCGAUUUGGUUUCAGAACAGAAGAGCUCGCUGGAAAACAAAGCAGCUAGAGAAAGAUUAUGAUACUCUUAAACUAAAAUUCGAUGCACUUAAAGCUGAAAACGAUCGUCUUCAAACUCACAAUGAGAAACUCCAAGCUGAGAUUAUGGGAUUAAAAAAUAAAGAACAAACAAAAUCUAUAAAUCUGAACAAAGAAACAGAAGGGUCUUGCAGUAACAAAAGCGACAACAUCUCCGAUAAUCUCAGACUUGAUAUCUCGACGCCACCGCCGCCAUCAAUAGAAAGCACAAUAACCGCAGGUCACCCACCGCCGCCGCAAACAGUUGGUCGACACUUCUUCCCACCGUCGCCAGCCACCGCCAGGACCACCACAACGACGUUGCAGUUCUUUCAAAACUCGUCUUCAGGACAGAGUAUGGUUAAAGAAGAGAACAGUAUCAGUAACAUGUUCUGUGCAACGGAUGACCACUCUGGUUUUUGGCCAUGGCUUGAUCAGCAACAGUACAAUUGAAACUGGUUUAAAAAAAAAAAAUACAUAUCUUGUUUUUGUUUUCAAUUUUGAUAAAUAAAGAAGAACCCAUGCAUGUUUCAAAUUGGAAUAUAUAUUUCCUAUUAUUUUUAAGUAAUGA